AUGGACGGCGAGGAAAUCGACGGGUUUAAGAAACCCUCCGCGAACCCGGAGGAGACGGCUACGAACGGCCAAAAGGAGACUAUGGAAGGUCCUAAGGAGGGUAAAUCCGCGCCAAUGAAAUUCUCUUUAGGCAAGAUGAAAGGCUCUGCGAAGGUUUCGCGGAAGACGCAGGAGAAGAACGACGAGGAGAGCGAGCAGCGCGAGUUGAUCACCGCCGUCGAUUUCACUGGCUUGGUAGCUAAGGACGACUCCAAGUCGAAGCGCGGGCCGAAGAUCAUUUCUCCGCUAGAGGACACGUGGAAGCCGGAGAAGCGGAUGAAGAGUGUAAAUCCGGAAAUGGAGGAGAUUAUGGGAGGUCCGGAAAAUAAGUUCGAUAUGGGUACUGCGGGAUCCUUACCUGGAGGGGAAGAAAAGGUAAAAGGUGAUGGAGCAGACGAAGCUUCUGGUGGCGUUCGAUACGGUUUGACCGUCAGAUCUGCUCCGGAAAGGUUUGACGAGCGGGAUAAACGGCCAAUUAUGGAUCCUGAAACGCAGAAGCUACAGGAGGAUCUUGAUCGUCUCCCAGACGAAUCGAAUUUGGACGAUUACGAGUCGAUGCCUGUAGAGGACUUUGGAGUUGCGCUUUUGACGGGGAUGGGUUGGCAGAAAGGCAAGCCCAUUGGUCGCAACGCCAAGGGAUUGGCUGAACCUGUGGAGUUUGUUCCGAGACAGGGACGCCUGGGUCUAGGAGCUACUCCAAAGCUGCUGGAAAAUAACAAGAAGCUGAUUAAGCCCGGGGAGACCCGAGGGCCCAAGCCGGACCUGGUAGCUUCGGUCGGACCAGAUGGGAAGGUUCGGCAUGUGAAGCCGAUUUCGGAGAAGCUAGUGGAGAGGGUGAGGCCUGGGCCGGCCAAGGGGAAGGUGAUGAGGAUAGUAGAGGGACGGCAUGAGGGGUUGACAGGGGAGGUGAUGGAAGUGGUUGAAUUGGGAGAAGGGAAGGGGGUUCAGGUGAGGCUGGUGCUUGUGAGUAGUGAGGAGGUGAUUGUAGUGAAAGGGAAGGAGGUGGUGGAUAUGGGAUCGUGGGAGGAAGAACAGGCGAUGAAGAGGAUACGGGAGACAAAGACAGGGAGCGGGAUGGAGGAAGGGACAGAGAAAGAGGUUCUGAAAGGGAUAGACAACAAGGCAGGGAAAGAGAGAGGGACAGGAACAGGGAGAAUGAGCGAGAGAGGGUCAAGCAUAGUGACAGAGACAGGGACAGGGAGAGGGGGGGAGACCGUGACAGGAGAACUGACCAAGAGAAGAGCAGCAGGAAAGAAGAUAAACGAGAGCAGGCUUCUACUAGGCAACGGGCCUUACGAGAACCAUCUCUCUCAACUCCUCCUCCCAGUCGGCGACCAUGGUUAA